GUCCAUUCCAUUCCUUCUCCUUUCUCUCUGAUGACUGACUGACUGACUGAACGUUCUUCCUUUUCUCCACUUUUCUUUUUUCCUACUUUACUUUGCUCACCGCCGGUGGGUUCCUGAACAUAUUUUUCUCCCGGAAUUCUACGAAUCCUUUACCUUGUUUGAUUUAGGGUUCUGGUUAUUCUCCCUAUUAACACUAUCCCCGUUUAGCUUUAAGUGAGGAAUUCAGCUCCAAAGAAAAGAAAGAAAGAACACGAAGAAAUUGUCCAAUAUCAAACUCUAGGUAUUGCAUAGAAAUGCUGUAGGUGGGCCCCCCUGAUUCAUUGGGGCGGGGUUCGACGGUGAUUUUGAUCAUGUAUGGUCAAGGAUUUUCUGGAAGAAGGGAUGUUGCUGUCUCGGAUGGUGGUGGCGGUGGUGGUGGUGGUGGUGGCUGGAAAAGAUAGCUCUUAUUUACAAAACCGAUUGUAGUUGGAAAAGAAAAAAAAAAAAAAAAAAGGUCUACGGUGGUUGGAUAGGGUUUUAGAAGGAUGAUGAGAGGUGCUCAGUGAUAAUUUGAACUUCCUUGUUUUUUGGGGCUUUUUUCAUUUUGUGUGUUCUCCGUGCAAACUAUGAGUUUUGCGGACAUAAACAACAAUGAAGGAGGAGAAAGGGAAUGUAAGAGGCCACCAUUACCACCAGCUACGGUGGUUGCUCGGAAUUCGGUUGAGGGGGCGGCGUCUAGGAAUGGUUACAGAAUGGCAGCUUCUUCCCCACAGUUAUGCAUUGAUGGUAAGGUUCUUGUUGAUCCGAAACAACUGUUUAUUGGUUCCAAGAUUGGUGAGGGAGCUCAUGGAAAAGUUUACCAAGGAAGGUAUGGAGACCAAAUUGUUGCAAUAAAAGUUCUCAAUCAUGGCAAUAACUCUGAAGAAAGGACAUCUCUUGAAAGCCGAUUUGUCCGAGAAGUGACAAUGAUGUCCAGAGUUAAGCACGAAAAUCUUGUGAAGUUUAUUGGAGCUUGUAAAGAUCCCUUAAUGGUCAUAGUCACAGAGCUGUUACCUGGGAUGUCACUCCGGAAGUAUUUGGUCAGCAUUCGUCCACAGCAGUUGGAUCUUCAUGUGGCAUUGAAUUUUGCUCUUGACAUUGCUCGAGCCAUGGAUUGUUUGCAUGCAAAUGGGAUCAUUCAUAGAGAUCUAAAGCCUGAUAACUUGUUGCUUACAGCCAAUCAUAAGUCAGUGAAGCUUGCUGACUUUGGCCUUGCAAGGGAAGAAUCUGUCACUGAAAUGAUGACUGCUGAGACUGGUACAUAUCGCUGGAUGGCUCCUGAGUUGUACAGUACUGUUACCCUGCGUCAAGGGGAGAAGAAACAUUAUAAUAAUAAGGUAGAUGUUUACAGUUUUGGUAUUGUCCUGUGGGAACUGCUCACGAAUCGAAUGCCAUUUGAUGGAAUGUCAAAUUUGCAAGCUGCUUAUGCUGCCGCUUUUAAGCAAGAGAGGCCUUCUAUUCCUGAAGAUAUUCCCACAGACCUGGCUUUCAUCAUACGGUCUUGCUGGGUCGAGGACCCUAACCUGCGUCCUAGCUUUAGCCAGAUUAUCAGGAUGCUAAAUGAGUUUCUAUUCAAGCUCCCCCCUCCACCAGCAUCAUUGCCUGAACAACAAGCCGAGUCCAACGAGUCAACAACGGCUACAAGUAACACCAGCAGCAUUACAGAAUUUUCUGCUCGAGCUAGAGGGAAGUUCGCUUUCCUUCGACAGCUAUUUGCUGCGAAGAAGAGCAGAAACUUGCACUCAUAG